AUGACUGGUCACGUGAAAUAUCAAAAGCUCCACGAACGAGACAUAGAGGACGACGGUCUGGACAUGAUAAUCCCCGCGGGCGGAGGAAUUAUCAACAUAGCUGACCUGGUCGGCAUUGGCAAUGGUAACACGGGAAGCAACCUGGAGACCCAAGCACCUGCGAUCACCACUACAGCAGCUGAAUCAACAUCUGCCUUGACAACAUCUAAGCCUGCCAGCUCAAGCACCAAGGCGCCGGAAUCUUCGACAACCACUACCACUACGCUGCUGCGGUUGCUUCAGAAACCACAUCCGGCGACACUGAUUCACAGCCUGCUGUUUUAUCUAGCGAGCGACUUUAUCGACUUUUCCCAGCGCGACGCCAUGAAAAACGCCUAUCAAACUGACAACUCUGUGGUCUGGAGACUGACCCAAGAGUGCGGCAUGACAAUGGUUUACCCUUGGGACUUCCACUAUGGCAAAAUUGAGGGCCGUGUUCGCAUUGGCCCUGGAAGUGGUGUGGUGACGGCCAUGAUACUGAUGGGACCACCGCCUUCUGACGAGAUUGACUUUGAGUGGGUGGGCAAAGAUGUCACCCAUGUCCAGACUAUGUACUAUGUGCAGGCACAUCGCGUAGACGUUCUUCCAGAGGUUUUUGGCAUUGACCAGCAGGGUAACGGUGAUUUGAGCACGACAUUCCAAAACUAUGCCAUCGAGCUGAACAAAGACAGCGUCAAAUGGUAUCUCAACGGCCAGCUUUUGCGCACCUUGAAUAAAAAAACACAAGAGUUCCCGACGUAUGCCAAUCGUGCUCGGAUGGGGAUUUGGGACGGCACACAAACCAGCGGCUGGGCUGGCACUGUUGACUGGUCGCAGGGCCCAUUCACAGCCGAAAUGCAGUGGUUUAACUUUACGCCGUAUUGCUGAGCAUAUGGUGUUUGAUAUUUGAUUUCAGCUUAUAUUUCUAAUUUAAUUAUUUGGUAUAUAAGACUCGCAGAGUAGCAUGUACUUAUCUUUUUCAAAGGAGUUAAUUAAAGACCAAAUAUUUG